AUGAAGUCAGCAACCGCCAUCAAAUCCCCCAAUGGCCAUGGGAGUGUUUACAAGGAGGUGCGCUUUUCGCCUACUCCCACUCCCGUGCGCCGCACGCAGUCGGUGCCAAAUGCGCACCCUGUCUUGAGUACCCAUGGUGCCGCUGGCGUCACCUACUCGAGUCUGAGCGCUAGCUAUCUUGACCAAGCGCGAUCGCUCCUAGACCGGCAACGGGCAAGCUUUGAGAACGAAAAGAAAUUGUUCAACGAGGAACGACAACUGUGGGAAACAGAACGGGCGUUGUUGAAGUCGAGGAUAUCUGAACUAGAGGCAUUGCUAAAAGCGCGAGGAUCCACCACAUCGGCGACCGUGCCGACCGGCACUUUUACCUCAAAUUCCUUUUCCGCCGUCAAUGCCCCGUACGGUCACUCCCUCUCCGUGUGGGAGGGAUCUAGCCCUGGCAGUCGGCCCACCAGGGUAUUUCCUGACGCGGAGAGGACGGACGUCCACACUCUAUCGUCGAUCCCGGAGCAAGGAGCUAAAUAUGUCUCUGCGCCAUCUCUGGACGCUGCUCUUUCCCCCAAAUCACAUGCGGUCGAUUCCGCCACAGGCGCCAGUGUUCCAGUACCAAUUGAGAAGCUGGACAGCAAGCUGGAUGGGAUCACUCUCAAAUCAUCCGCCCUGCCUCCUGAAAUUGUUGCCCGCGUGAUCACACCACCAUCACCGUCGUCACUCGAAACCUCACCAGCCUCGUCCACCCGCCGUCCCUCCAACGAGCGUCGCAACAGUCUGAAACUGCGAUUGUCCGAGCUAGGCCCCCCCGAAUUCAAUCUGACCAGGAACGCAGGCCAUACUCCCAUGGCCAGAAUCGACCGCGACAUUGACACGGAGCAACCAUCUCCGCAGGAGGCGCCCGAUGAGGCCAGCCCCCUUGCUCCGGCAGUGCUUCGGCAGCCUGCAGAAAAAUCCGAUUCGUACUUUGCAGACUUGCCGGAAGACCCAGCUCUGAAGGGGCCCCUCUCCUUGUUGAACGAGGAAGAACACGACACUGGCUUCCUGAAAGAGCUUGACCAGAGGCUUUUGGACCAGGUCAAGCAGGUUCUUGGCCACCACCGCAGGGGUUCUAAGGAGGAGGAAGAUGAGGAUGAGGCUGAGCCUCCUAGCCAGGGUGAGACCGAGGAACCUGAAUUGAGGUUCAAGAAAACCACCAAUUUUGGAACAGCAUUUGGAAACUCGGGUUGCGGAAAAGUAUGA